AUGCUUGACCAGGUAAUCAACUGCACUGAGCCCUGCCAUGAGCUCAAGCAGCAGAUCGCCGCUGCCCUAUGGGACACUCCUAGAUCGGAAAUCGCUAGUCUCCACUUUUUCUUUACAUACUACGCCAAACAAUGCGAGCUUAUCGCACUGCAUGAGGGCGGUACCCAUGUGUCACUGAAGACGCACCAAGAUAUCAUGAGAAUUGUCCAGUUAUUCAAAGACAACCGCACACACGACGAGAUUUUACUUUUGACUGGUACCUCCAGGGCAGACAGCCAGCGAGACUACUCAAUCGAUCUGGCAGCUCGAUUGUAUCUCAUGGUGGAGUUUGGAAACCUACCGUAUGUGUAUUCUGGCUGCAAGCAGUUGGAAUGGACUCAAGGAAGCCUCCGCGACUUCAUUGUGGAAAGGUUCGAGAAGAAGCCAGAGCUUGGCCACGACAAUAUCAAGCUUGAAAAGAUCUUCAAUGCGCGUAACUUGAGGAAAAUCGGAGGUGUUGAAGUCGCUUGGACUGCGAACCUUGCCGACCACCUUCGUUUGAUGAAGGAUGAUACGGUUGUUGCCAUUUUUCACCACGCUUCAUUCCUGAGGCGGCAGCAAAGGGACGCUUCCCUUUAUCCAAAGGAACUCAUCACAGAGACACUGAAUACGAUUGCUCUUCUCUUCCCAAAGUGGGACCACGACACACGAGCUUGGUAUCUUCAAGAAUCUUCACUCCGCGGGCUUGACACGUAUGCCAUUGAGGUUGGGCAUCUGGAUACGGACCAGAGGCAGAUCGAGAACUUCACUUACUGGCACGAUCGCUUGGUAAUCCUGAAACAAGUUUUCGACGAGGCGAGGCCGAACACCUUGCAACAUUGGUGGAAUGAUCGGAGGAACGCAGUUCAGUGGUAUACUUUCUGGGUUGCAAUUCUUAUUCUUAUUUUGACGGUCUUUUUCGGUUUGGUUCAGUCUAUUGAAGGAGCGUUACAAGUAUAUAAGGCAUUCAACCCUAAUUGA